AUUACUUUGGCUUCAAAGAAAACAGAUUUUACCCAGAAGUUCAUAACCUCGUCCUUCUCUCCUGCAACACCUCAAAAACCCCAUUUUCCUUCUCACGGAUCCUCAAACUUUCAUCAACCAAAAAACAAAAUCAAUCUCCAUACAAAUUCAGCAUCUGGUUUCCUUUCGAUCUCGAUCUGCAUCUCCGUCAGUAGAAAUACUUUGCUGUGUGUGCUUCAUUGGUGAUGAGAGAGAAACAAAAUGCGAACACCAUCACCAAGUGUAGCUCCAUUGAGCAGUUGUAGUACAAGCAGAAGUACCAGUUGUACACUUGUAGGUAGAGAUGUUGGUGAAGACGAUCAACAUUGGAGGAAUUUCGAUAACUCGGUCAGUGCGGUGUCGUUUGGACUUGUCGCUACUGCAAUUCUCAUUUCUAUGUUCCUUGCCAUGGCUCUGUUUGAAAGGUUUCUCCGGCCACCUUCCUCCGCCGCCGCAGCCACCGGCGCCCGUAAUCGUGGAGAUCUCGAGUCACAAAUGGUUGCCCAUGGGAAACUGGAAUUUCCAUCUCCAAAAGCUAAUAAUAUUUAUGCAAGAGAAGUUUCUGUAUUAAUGCCCGGAGAAGAAACCCCGACUUUUAUCGCGAAUCCUGUCCCUUCAGUAAACAACUAUAUAUCUAUAUAUCAAAAACAUGAACUAAAUGAGGAUGAUGAUGGUGAAGGUGAUGUUGAUGAAGGUGAUUGUGAUGCUCAAACACAUGAAGCAAAAUUCAAUAAGGCUAAUGUAGGUGAUGAUGUAUGGAAUGAAGUUGAUGCUAAAGGCCAUGAGAAACAACUUUCGUUCAACAAUAAGAAAAGGAAACCAUAUGAGAGACUAAACUGA